UGAUGAAUUGCUUUUGCUAGCGGAGCACAUGCUGCUCACAUGAUCGUGGGAGGACGUAUAUAUGAUGACCAGCCGGACGCACAAUGAGGUACAUCUUUUAUCGCAAAAUUGGUCCAAAUUGAUUCUGUUCUCUUCAGAGUUUUUUACCCGUCUGUCUGAUACGCACCAUUAUACGUCAUUGCCAAUACAAUGUCUACCAACGGAGUAAGCAACGGGGUCUCCAACGGAGUCUCCAACGGAGUUCACACAGCCCAGCCAGCUAAUGGGCCAGCACCACCUGUUCUGGGCUCUGGAGUCGACGCUCCAUAUCUGAGCACAGAGCCAUCGCCAGAUCAGUCAUGGCAGAUUACGCUGAAGGAAAAGGUCAUUGCAAUCACGGGCGCAAAUCGGGGAAUUGGUCUUGGCAUUGCGCAGGUCUGCCUUGAGAAUUCAGCACGGGUUGUGUAUUCAUUGGACCUCAUGGAGCCCGGAGAGGACUUCACUGCCAUGUGCAAAAAGCACCCGAAUCUCAAGUACGUUCGUACGGACGUCACGAAUGAGGAAUCCAUCGAGGCUGCCCUUGACAAGAUCAUCGAGACGGAGGGACGACUAGACGGCAUGGUUGCCAACGCUGGCAUGACCAAGCAUCAGCCUGCUCUUGACUUUACGAGAGAGGAGGUUCUGAAGCUUUUCAACCUCAACGUCUUCGGUGCUUUCUCGUGCGCUCAAAUCGCAGCGAGAAAAUUUAUCAAGCUCGGGAUCAAAGGCAGUAUCGUUUUCACGGCCAGCAUGACCAGCUAUCGCCCUAACCGGGCCGCGCCAAGUGCUCCAUAUGGAGGAACAAAGGGAGCGAUCAGAAAUAUGACACACACACUCGCCAUGGAAUGGGCCAAACAUGGUAUCAGAGUGAACUCCAUCUCACCAGGCUUUGUUCGUACAGCCAUGACAUAUUACGUCGAAAAGUCACCGGACUGGAACCUCAAGAUGCAAUACUACGGGGGCAUGCCACGCUUGGCCAUGCCACAAGAACUGGGAGGCGCCUAUGUCUAUCUGCUAAGCGACACUGCAAGCUACACUACCGGCAUUGACAUUCCUAUUGCAGGUAUCGUUGGUGCUUGGUAAUGGGUGUGUGAAAAGCAAAUGAAAAGUCACGAUGCAUUCUUGGCGUUAAGGAUAUAUGUCUUUCUGGUAUCUAGAGGCGUAUAGUGCAGUACACAGAUGGUUCAAGUUGAAUCGCCCAAUGUAGCAUGGUCACGAGUCUGAAUGUUAGAAUAGAAAAGGUGUCUUGAUAUCUGGCCAGCUCUUGUACACUUCCACCAU